AUGGUGGUGAAGGCGGAGGUCAACAAGGCCAUCCGCCUCUCCGACGGCGAGCGGCCGCAGAGCUUGCCCUUUCUGCUCUCGGAGAAGGUGGACUUCAAAAGUCAUGACCCAGUGAAGGAACCCAAGUUCUCCGAGGAGAAGUUCCAGAUGUGGUUCCACCUGGGCUUCGCGCGGAAGUUCCGCUUGCGUUUGCAUCGUCAGAUCCUGCUGAUGGCGUUUAUGACUGUCAUGGAUGUCAUGCACAUGGAGCACACCGAAGCAUGGAAAGUUGAGGACAAGGAUCCGGGCCUUUUGCCUAAGCAUCCCACCAAACGCUUCGUGAUUUUGCUGUCGUGCCGCGCGGUGAUUUUGGCCAUGGGCCUUGGCUGGUCCGUCUUUGCUAGGACGGAGGCCUUCCGGGAAAGAGUCCAGGAGGUCCAGUGGGGUUUGGUGGCCUCCACGCUGAUCGUGGCCACCGUGAUGUUCGUCUCCUACGACGCCCUGAUCUAUCCGCAGCUCCAUCGCUCGUACGUGACGAUGCAUUUCUUGGACUAUGUGAACCAGCAGCAGUCCUUGAUCUUCGUCUUGGCCUACUUUAUCGUAACCAAUACCCAUCCCACGCUCUUCUACCAAUCCUUGGUCUACAUUCCCUUGGGCGUGGUGUUCAUGUACAUCCGCAAUCGAACCAGCUUGUACAUCUCCGACAUCGGUCGCGUGAUGUUCCUGUGCACUGUAGUGAUCAGCUGCUUGUUGGCGCACGUCUUGGAACAGACUUCGCGCGCGCGCUUCAAGACCAAGCAGCGCGUAGAGGAGACACAGGAUCGAGUAGAGACAGUCUUGAGCAAUUUGAUGCCCAAGAAAGUCUUGGAGGAGAUCAAACUCAGCCCCGGGCUACAACGCAGCCAUUCCUACGACCACGCGACCAUCGCCCAGUCGGAUUUGUGCGGCUUCACGCAGCUGGCGUCCGACAAGAGCCCAGAGCAGGUGGUGGCCUUCGUGGAGGAUCUCUUUGGAAGGUUCGACCGUUUGACGGACGAGUUCCAGAUCUACAAGGUGGAGACCGUUGGUGACGCCUACAUCGCAGGGAUGGCGGAACACACGCUGACCAGCGAGAAUUCUCCGAUCCAGGUGGUACAGUUUGGCAUGGCCAUGAUCCAGGCCACCGCCGAAUGGGCGGAGAAGCUCGGUGUCAAGGCGGCGGCGGUGAUGAUUUGGGACACCUUGAAAAACACCCUGGGUCUUCAAAUGAAUUUGCUGGUCUUAUUCGAAAGCAACGUGUUGGCGGAUGUUUUCAUCCAGGCCGAGGGACGAGAGAUUCCAGCACACAAAGCCGUGCUGGCGGCGCACUCGCCAUUCUUCGCCCAGCAGUUCACCGAGAACCCGGGGCACAACAGCGUUCAGUUGGACCAUAAGCACAAGGUGGUCUACGCCAUGGUGCGUUUCUUGUACUUCGGUGGCCUUCCCAUGGAGAAUCUCACCUCUUUGGACUGCCUGGACCUCUUGGGCCUGGCGGAGGAUGUGGAGGUCAAGUCGAUCAAUCCAGCAGACAUCGGACCGGUGAUCGUGGCUGGAUUGAAGGAGGAGAAUUGUGUGGAUGUGUUGAACCACGAAGUCUUGCGGAAGUAUCCCACCUUUCAGGAUGCGGCCUGCAAGUUCACGGGAGAGCACUUCAUGUCGAUGGUGAAAACCAAUCGGGACUAUUUGUUGAAGGUUCCGACGGAUCUCCUGACCCAAGUGCUCCAGUAUGCGUGUCACCAAGUAUACACUGAUGAUGAUGCCGAUGUUAUGGUGAAGUACUGCCUGAGUCAUACAGGGAUGGAAUCCACCUGCGAUUUACUGAGGGAAACGAAAGCCUGGGAAUGGGGCGGCCGCGACUUCACUGUGCUGCGCUCCGUGGAGGAGCCUAUUGUGGAGGCGAACAGUUGGGAGAUCCAUGGCGUGCGUGCUGCCAUGGACGCCACACUGACACCAGCGAGGACCGUGGUGGGCACAUACUUCGACUGGUUGAUCCGCCUGGACUAUGGCGCGGAGGGCAAGUUGCGCUUGGUCUAUGAGCAGGCGACGCCCACCAACGAGGAUCCGAAAAAGUGCAUUCACCGCUUUCCAGCUGCAAUGUUUGCGUGGCAGGUGGUCUACAACGGGCAAAGUGUCUUCCAUGAGAAACCCGUCUUCAUCUGCUUCCCGCAGGGUGUGCACCUCCACUGGUCCACGACUUUGCCCAUCACCGCCGCGGAGUUGACGGAAGACGACAACCUGGAAAUCGUGGUGCAGAUGGCGGAAAACCCCAUGCUGUCCUUGAUCUUAUACCACUUCAGCGCAGAUCUCAAGACCACCGUGGCCAAGGAGGAUAUUCUGAAUCGCCUUCCGCACAUCGAGUAUCGUUGUUUGUCCUCUUAUUCGCUGGUUCAAACCCAUGGGGCUUGA